AUUUGAUUUAAUUUUAAUUAAAUAAAAUAACGUUUGAUCCUUUUAAAUGAUGAUAUACUUUGAUAAAAUAAGACUAAGAAAACCAAUGAAAAUAAAUAACAUAAUUAGAAAUGAGUUUUAAAGGCAAAAAUUUUUGAACACAGUAUCCCACCACAAACGUAUUGAUGGUUUCUCUCAUCAAAAUGGUUUCGCGGCCCACCACUACUAAAACUGCCUGUCGGUAUGCGUUGUCUGUGUAUAUCCGCAAUGCAGGCGUGUCGAUGAGAUACCCGUUCGUAGUGAGUGUGGCUGGAAAUUUUUUGGACAAAACCUAGUACAAAUAUUGCAGGCAAUUAUAAAAUGGAUACAGACAAUUCUUCUGAUAACAACUCGUCCACCGAAAGUUCAACUGACUCUUCAGACGAUGACGAAAAGUUAGAGGCAGCUCAAGUGUGUGGAGUGAGAAUUAAAUUACCUCAAGGUUUAUGUGAAAGAAAGGAUAUUUUUAAUGAAUUCUUUUCUGUGCAUACUUGGAAUUCGCUAUCAGAAAUAGAACGACAACAUUUGAAAAGCUUCCUCCCCAGUUUCCCAGAGAAUGAUGAGGAAGAAAAGAAUAUUACCUUGCAGAGGUUGUUUAGGGGUGACCAGUUUCGUUUUGGAAGCAAUCCUUUAGAACAGUUUCAUGAUAGUCUAAAGGCGGGCAGUUAUAGACCAGAUAUUGCCAAAAUGCGACUAACAAUAAGAAAAGCUGAGAGAAAGGAGGAGAAAUUUAGAUAUAGAAAAUGCAGAGAACGUCUGAAGAAUGAUGUUAUAACAUCCAGACAAAAACUGCUUACGUUAGCUAGGAAUUUACCACCUGGAUUUGAACCUAAAGUACAAAACAACAACAACCCAUCUUAUGUUCAACCAGCUUCAUAUAGAACAAAAAAAAGGUAUUUCCAAGAGCUUGCUUCAAUUAGAGCACAAGUUGAAGAAAGUGGUUUUUCAUCAGAUGAGAAUUACCCUGAAGGUCCAUGCAUACCCUUGCCUCGUAAACAGAGGCGACAUUUAAACAACAUAAAAAAUUCAAAUCCUUUAGGUAACGAGCAAAUAUUCAUGUCCACUCUUUCAACAAAACCAACUGGUUUAGAUUUAGAAAGACAUAUCAAUCCGAACAUAAAUCCGUUCUUUUUGACGGAAGAUUCGUACAAAACGAUGAUACGAAAUCACGGAAAACGGCGACUGGAGUACAAAGAUGACUUGGAAUAUGACACUAAAGGAUUCUCCUUAUCUGACAUCAUUGCACGUACAAAAUUGCCUUAUGUAAAGAAAAUUAACCCCCCUAUAAGCGCAUCCACAAAUUCCUCUGUAAAACAUCACUUGGAAACGAAACUUGUGCAAAGAAAGAAAAUUAAAAAAGAUCCCCAUCAUCUUCCUACAUUUUCAGAACUUAUAACCAAAACCAAUCCCUUCUUUGGCCACAGUUCCAAUUCCGAUUUGGACUCCGAUUCAGAUUCGUUUUUAGAUUCAUUUGUGAACUCUUCAUCUGUUAAAAGUAAAGUGAAGAAACUUAACUCGCAUAGAAUUUCAAUAAAAACGCCAAAAAUGAACAGUGUUAAAACGGAAUCAGUUAUAACCAGCACCAGUCCUCCAACGGUCAGUGUACCAGAAACUAAAACAUUAAACGACGACUUCAAAACUGUUAAUUCGAUAACGUCAUUUGGUAAAAUUACUCCUGCAACCCUUUCAGACUUAGACGGCAUUGAUAUGAUGAAUUUGCCAAUUGAUUUGGAAGACUCCCAUAUAGACAUCCUGGAGAUCAAUAAUCGGCCUGAAUUAAUGCAAGAAACGCAUGCAAAUUUCUUGUCAUUAAUUCGCGAUAUAAUUUGUUCAACAAAUGAACACAGAAUGAGUCUAAAAUGUCUAGAAGAAAGACUGAUAUCUUGGCAAGAAAACCCCAUAAGUCCCUUAAACGAUUGGUAUAGUUACAUUGAUAACUGGGUGGCAGCCUUGCCGUCUGCCAUUAACUUUUUAAGUGGAAACUUUGAAGAUAUAUUAGACGAUUUUGUCCCGUAUAUCGAGUUUAAAAUUCAUUCAGAAAUGUACCAAUGGAUUGGAGCAGGAAGAGACUCUGAUAGCCUCCUAAUGCCCUUAUUUCAGUACUGGUUGGAACGACGAAACGAAAUUAAAUUGUCUUCAACGUUAAAAGACUACAAAGAAGAAAACGUUGAAAUAAGCGACAGGUCGCAAACACCCCCACCACCUCGUUGUCCUACUACAUGGACUGUUCGCAAAGCAGACCCAGAAGAAAUACGACAAUUUCAAGAACAAGAAAGGAAACGAUACAAUUCUCCACACAAAGCCUUCACGUACCGUUGUAACGGGUACGAAGGUAUUGUGGGGCCUGUCAAAGGUGUUUAUAGUAACCAAAAUCUAGGAGUUACUAAAGCCAGGGGUCACAGUAUGCUGACUGCAGACAGGCCUAACUUUGUGACCAUCUUAACAUUAGUAAGAGAUGCUGCAGCUCGCUUACCUAAUGGGGAGGGAACGAGGGCUGAAAUAUGUCAGUUACUUAAAUCUUCCCAAUAUAUACAAAAUAAUGUCCCAGAAAACGUACUCCAAUCGGUCGUCAGUGGGGCUCUUGAUCGGAUGCACACUCAGUUUGAUCCGUGUGUUAAGUACGAUCCGAAACGGAAGGUGUGGAUAUACCUGCACCGAAACAGAUCAGAACAAGACUUCGAGCGUAUUCAUCAACAAAGUCAAGGUAUCAAUAAAACUCCCAAGAAAGUCGUAACUAAAACUAAAACACCCAGUAAGGUAAAACCGAAGUUAGAAAAACCUACAACGAAGCCUUCAAGAUCUACUCCUGAAAUAAUAGAAGAAGAAGUAAUGACUGAAACGCCAUCUAAUGAAUUGCAAUUGAAAUUAGCAACUACAGUGUCAGUACCUGAAAAGAAAACACCAGUCAAUGUUCCACCAAAAGUUGUUCAGCCUAAACCAACCGGAACAUCUAUAUUGAUUUCAAAACAAGAUAAGCAGGUCACACAAAAAGACUUAGAAGAUGUUACAGCCCAAAUAAUGUUGUCACCGUCUCGAGCGUCUCCGUCAAAGCAAGUAGUAAGAACGGUUCAAGAUCGCAAAGAAAUUAAUGAAACCAUCCAAGCCUUAAUACAUCAGCGUGUUUCGAGUCCUGUGGCCAAACAGAUAACUAAUCCACGGACAGGGAAAAGUCUUGUGAAAAUUAUCUCACCAAACCCUGGAAAAUCUCUUAUUAUCCCAACUUCAGGUAGCCCCCUCUUGAAACAAUCCGACCAACAGAGACAAACACCUACAAAAGAAAUCGUCUCCCAACAGCAACUUCUGCAGACACUGACAGUUACCAACCAGUCCCAGCAGCAGCAACAGAAAUUAACUGAACCUAAAGUUAAGUUGUCUAACAUACAAGGUGAAGUAUUGCAAACAUUCACGUCCCAACAGCUUCAGAACAUCAAAAAUAUCACUGUGUUAAGAAAUACGACUCAAAAUCAACAACAUUUCGCCAACGUGGAAAUAGACACCGGGAUGAUUUCUCCAGGAUCAGAAAGUACUCCCGUGAUAUCGAUUUCGUCGUCCCCAGAAUCAGAUUCGCAAGAACAAACUCAUAAAUCUAGCCCAAAAGUGCAAACAUUAACACUUGCACAGCAACACCAAAUUUUGCAAACCUUGAAGCAGAAAGCGGUGCCUGUACAACAGACUGUUCUGUGCUCACCCAGGUCGGGUGGAGUUAUUAGUAAACAACAGAGAGCUGUUGGACAAGUGAUAAAGCAGGCAACCGCCGUCGGGACGUCAUUAUUGGCACAAAAUAAAUUGUCUGCAACAGAUAAUAUUCAAGGAAAGCCUGUGAUCUCAACCACCCAAGCGCCUUUAGUUGCGAAAGUGUUAACAAACGCAGCGGGUCAAGUAAUAUCGGUUGAGAGCCUCCUAACUCAGAAACAACUGUCUCAAGGAGCAGCAUUGCGGAUAGCAAACCCGAAAGGUUGUCAGCCGAAUAUAAUUCAAUUAACAAGCGCCUCUGCUCAAUCCCCUAUGGCCCAAUUCGCGGUCGCUUCCGCAAAUAACGUUACCGCAGCAUUCCCCAACCAGCUAAAACUCGUUAUUUCAACCCCAAUGGCGACAACAGCCACCUCCACUAUUACCACGUCGAAAGCGGUCGCGAAAAGUAAUACACGAACGCACACCACGACUCGUUUUUCUCCUAAAGUCACCCAACAGCUCGUCGGUACCACCAAAAUCGCGAAAAGCAUUCCCCAAAUUAAAAUUCCCGUGAAUGCCAAAAACGUAGUAGUGAGCAAAUCGGUGACAGUAAACGCGAGCUCGGUGAGGAUGGUGUCCACGAAUAGUCUUAAUUUAGCUCAACUUAGCGGCAAACCGUUAAUUCUAGCGAAUAAAGGGGCCUCAGGACAGGCCAUCCCCGUAUCGAACGUUCUCAUCCAGACGCAACCGAGCGGAAGUGGCAAUGCAGCAACAUUUAUACUCUCGAAUACGACUUCCAAGACGGCGUCAAACACAAGCGUGUCGGCAUCCACAUUAGGACAACAGGGAGGCGCUCAAGUGAUCUUAAGUCCACAAUUGAAAGUUCAGCAAUCGCAACAGGUAGUUUUGGGUACUAGCGGUAAGACUACUGCGGUCGGUAUUGGUCAAAAUCAGACGGUCACGCAGAACCCGAUCGUGCUCGGUCAAACGGUCAGGUUGCAGUCGAGUCCAACAAGUAAUACACAACGAUUGGUGUUAGCCAGCCAGAACCAAGGAGGGCAGAUUGUUGCACAGCAGAUAUUACUUCCGGUUGGGUUUCAAGGGACUGCACUAAACAUUAAAACUCUGCAAGGUGUUAAGGUUGUUCCAUUGGCUCAAACAACACAAGGAAGGGCUGUGCAAGGUCGUCAAGUUCUUGCGAGGGUGGUAAAUCCUGGAAGUUUAUUUCAAGUAAAUCAGCAACAAAGUACAACAGACAUAACUAAUAGUACUGCCGAAUAAAUUUAUUAUUACGUAGUGUAAUAAAUGUGUCUCUAGUGCCUCAUUGUACAUUUUCGCUACAGUUCCCGAAAGACGCACUUUCCCUCGUUUACACUAACAAAUUUGUAAAUAAUAGAUGUAUUGAUUAAUUGAUUGAUUACUAUAAUUAUGUUUGCUUAUUUAUGAUUGUAAAUGUACAUUUAAAAAAGGUUGUUUUUCUUUUAUAAAAAAAAGAAACAAGGAUCGUUCGG